AUGUCUUCUGAACAGGUUUCAAAUCUUCGAGACUCCCUAAAUAGGUGGAAUGAGUCGCGCUCGCAACAUUCACAGGGGUUUAAUGAAGGCGCAAAGACGCUUUUUUCAUCGUGGGCCGAUUCCCUUAAUGCAAGAGCGCAAGAUGUUUAUCAGCGCCUACCAAUGACGCAGCAGGAUUUGGCACAGGAUCAAGAGCCCUCGUGGUUUGCACUUUCACGGACUGAAAGGUUGAUGCUAUUUGUGUGUUUCAUCCUAGGCUCUGUGGGGUGCUUUACGCUUUGCGUGUUCCUCUUCCCCGUUUUGGCCGUGAAGCCCCGCAAAUUCGGUCUCUUAUGGUCGAUGGGGUCGCUGCUAUUUGUGCUGGGAUUUGGAGUUCUUCAGGGCCCUGUUGCGUACAUCAAGCAUCUUACCUCGCGGGAGAGAUUGCCCUUCAGUUUAUUCUUUUUCACAACGUGCUUUCUAACCAUCUACUUUGCUGCUAUCAAGAAGUCAGCUAUCCUAACGAUCCCAUGCGCUGUGCUACAGCUUAUCGCAGUUAUAUAUUACGGUGUGAGCUACUUUCCCUUUGGAGGUUCAGGUUUGAGGGUGAUUAGCACUGUGGGCAUGAACCAGGCCAGAGGCGUCUUGAGGAUUUGA